GGUAAAGUCAACUUCAGGGAUUGACUACAGUAUUUCCGAAACGGAUAAGCAAUCGUUUUAAUUAACACCGUGAUGUUGAAAUGAAAAGCAUCUAAAUAUAUUACCCUACACUUUUUUCUUCAUAAUUAAUUUUUCUCGUUCUAUUAUAGGUUACUGUUCUGGUAGUACGGUUUUAUAUCCAGAAGGAUCCAGCGCUUAAAACAUUUCGUAAGGUUUUGAACAGAACACGGUUUCAUUUCUCUGCUUCGGGAAUAUCUAUCACAGCCAGGCUAUUUCAGUUCGUUAUCUCGAAGAUGCACGGCUGGUGAACAAGACGACACUUUUGGUAGCUAUUCUCCCAACUGGAUGCACGCAAAACCAUAUCCUCCAAACAUGCCUAAAGUAGUCAAGGAUAAACCAUAAGGCUGGAACAUAGGCUACCGGUGGAGUCUGAUACUAUACUCUCUAUCAUGCGAGGGUCUGGACAAAAUCACCUUCUGUGGAGACAGGGACGCUGAGCUGAGCUCUGGUAUUUUCUAACUCUUGGAACGUCUGGACAGGAUUUGACUCGACUGUCAUUGAGAGAACCAUGUUGCUGCCAGUCAACGAUACGGGCUAUGUAUGGACCGAUUUAUUGGACACAAGCAACAGGACGGCAGGUGACCGGGAGGAAGACCAAGGAGGCCCUGAGGUGGUGAUUGUACCGGUGAUAUUCGGAUUUAUUUUUUUCCUGGGUAUCGUAGGGAACUCUCUGGUGAUGAUUGUCAUUGGAAAAAUCAAGACACGGCGCAACAGAAGCACCACAAACAUUUUCAUCCUCAAUUUAAGUAUAGCGGACCUCUCGUUUCUUCUGUUCUGUGUCCCGUUCCAGGCUACAAUAUACUCGCUACCAGAGUGGAUCUUUGGAGCGUUUUUGUGUAAAUUUGUUCAUUACUUUGUGACGGUAUGCAUGCUCGUGAGCAUCUUCACGCUCGUAGCCAUGUCAGUGGACAGGUACGUCGCGGUUGUACACUCCAAGAAGUCCCCCUGCAUCCGCAACAGGAGGAAUGCACUCUUAGGGGUUUGCGUUAUUUGGUCGCUGUCAUUUAUAUUCGCUGUGCCGGUGGCCCAACACCAGACGCUCGUCACUGACCAUCCGGAAGCACCAAACAGUUCGUUCUGCUGGGAAGCGUGGUAUGCAAGCGCUUCCAAACACACAUAUAAAGUGACUAUUUUAGUCAUCGGUUAUGUGUUGCCUUUGACGUUGAUCAUAUGCUGCUAUACGAAGGUCUUAUUCCAUCUUCAUAAAAAGAUCAAGAAUAUGUCCAAGAAAUCUCAACGCUCAAAAAGGAAGACUGCCCAAACUGUCCUGCUGGUGGUCGCUGCUUUCCUGAUCUGCUGGAUGCCACAUCACAUCAUCGCCAUGUGGGUGGAGUUUGGCGUGUUCCCGCUCAACGAUGCCUCCUUCGCGUUCCGGAUCGUCUCCCACUGCCUGGCGUACGGGAAUUCCUGUGUCAACCCCAUCCUGUACGCCUUCCUGUCGGAGAACUUUCGCAAGGCGUGUCGCCAGGUGUUCAGCUGUCGACUUCUCUACCCACCACCCCCUCAGGAGAAGGUGGUGCGAAUACGCGUGGACAACUUCUCAACCACUCACACGCACUCUAUUACAACCAAUAUCUGACGAAAUGCAACCUAUAAGACUCAUGUCUGACCAUCCACACACACGUAAACACACACACACACUCGGUAUCUGAGCUUAGAGAGGCACAAAGAAGACCGGACAGAAAUGAACUGGCUCUGGGAGUAGGCAGGUAUAUGGGAUUUCAAACAAAAAAAUACAGUCAGCUUUUGUCAUUAACUGCUGGCUUUGGGUGACAAAUUGGGUCAGUGUGUGUUUGUCUGCUUUUACAGUGUGACUCAUCUGGUGAUUUAAGACAGACAAAGCUGAAUACCAUCUCAUAGGAGAAGCACAAAUUGGUCCUACGUAUAAUUAAAUGUGGAACUUGUUUGGAUGCAUUUAACUUUUGAAGGACAAAAACAGAUGAAUGGACACAUGAUUGACUCUGUUCAUACUUCUCAAUAGCAGUCAUAGGCUGCCAAGUCUGCUGGCUUCUAUGGGUAUUGGACCUUGGAACCAACCGGGGCCAUAGAGAAGGAUAGAAGCUUAUACAUGCCAUUGAGAGCCACCACCACCGAGGUGGUUAGAGGACAUAACAGCAGUAUGGACAUCGCCGUUUAAGGCAUCUGCCUUUUUCAUGUUGUAACUGGGUGGUUCUUCUAACCUCAUUGGCUGAUCCCUAUGGAUAAUCCAGUCGUUUAGGCAGGAUCAGCCAAUAAAUCAUGCUUAUUUGAGGAAUAAGGCACAGGGGGUUGUGGUACGUUGCCAAUAUAUCACGGCAAAGAGCUGUUCUUUGGCAUAGCGAUUAGCCGUGGUAUAAUUUUACCAUAUCACAAACCGCAGAGAUGCCUUAUUACUUCUAGAAACGAGAUACCAAUGCAAUUAGAGCAGUAGAAAGUGAUGUGAUGUCAUACCCAAGUUAUAUGGUCUGAGAUACAACGGCUAUCCGCCAAUCAGCAUUCAGGAUCCGAAGCACCCGAAUAUAGAUAUAUAUACACUGUAUAGACAUAUCACAUUCAUAUUCACAAUGAAUUACGCUUGUAAGCAAUUCAUAACUGUAGUAAAUCAGCAAACUUGGCAUUACACCUGUUUAAAAUCUGUGGCAGAGUGCACAUUCUCGGUUUCUGCAACAAAUCUUAAAGGCAGUCGAAGGAGAGAGUAUGUCCACUUUUGCUGAAUCAUCCAUGCCUGCUAGAGAGGGCGUGAAUAUCUGAUCACACAAUGUGCUGUAUAAAACCUUCCCAAAUGACACCGCAUCAUAUCAUCAUAUCAUCAUAUCAUCAUAUCACCAUAUCCGUAGGUCAUACAUCCAGUUGUCAAACUGAGCCAAAACCAUUGUAUAUUGAUUUAUUGUAUAUUGCUGUUUGAAGUGUAAUAGUUGCUGCCGCUAUAAAUCAAUCUUUCUUCAGAUAUAGCUAAGAAAUAUCAGUGGAAUCCUGAAGGGAUGAAGACAAUGGAUGAAAAUAGAAUCUGAACAGCCCUGAGAGAUACAAUCCUGAGAUGAAUAAACAGGAUAGUCUCUGUUGUAUCUCUGUUGUCGCAGAACUGGGUCGUUCUUUGAUUGGAUUUCAUACACUUGUCUAUUGAAUGUCAGGUUCGGACAGUCAUUCUAACCACUGCCAGUGAAAUAUUCCCGAACACACAGAUUUGAACCAGCGAAAUACAGUAUAACACACUGAUUGCCUGAACUGUAUUCAUUACUUUGGUCUACCUGGCCUUUACUUCUGACUCAGACAAAAUAGAUUUUUUUAAUUUAAUCAAUGUGAGAUUUUAACUAAUGCCUGUAUUCAUCAAAGCUUUUAUUUAAAUGUAAUAUUUUCAUGCGGCACACAAUUCCUAGAUACCCAAUAUAGUGCACAAGUUGUAAUAAGACUAUGGUGAGCAGCAGUGAACUAUACAGGUUACAGGCUGCCUUUUGGGAUAAAGCCUUAAUUUGGGGAAGUCUCCUGAAAGUGCUACUACAUUCAGUGCCAUUAAGUGCUACUUGUCUGUCAUCAUAAAAAUAUGUUUUCGCAUCUGCAUAAAUAUUGUACUUUGAGAUUGUGGGAUAUUUCUGUCAUUCGUAUGCUACUGUGAGUUGAUUUUAUGAUGUAACGAACGUAUAUAAACAGUACA